CGCCGUAGGUACUGCGUCGAUUUAACGCGGAACCAUAAUUCAGGCUUUAGUCUUCUAGUCAACAAUGCAUGUUAUUGCAACGGUGAGAGGUGUACGGGUUUAUUUAUCAGGACAAACUUGUUUUAAAAGGCUCGCAACUGGAAUAAUUUCGUCUUUGAAGAGCGUUCACCCGUUUCUUGCUCGUCCUCGAUGCCUGCAGACAUCUGUGGAGAACUCAGUUGCUGCUACAGAGAAAUCGUCGGACUUGGCGACAAAAUGUGAUAAACGCAAAAAUCACGACACUGACGAACCAGAGACGAGUGUUAAGGGCAAGAAGCGGAGAGGAGCGGGAGGGAAGAAGCUCCGUCCGGGCGACAGAUACAUCCCACCCCCGCAGAAGCGCAACCCGGGGGUCAGCUUCAACCAGGAGCAUUUCAAUGAGACGUCCUACUACUUUGAGGGGGGGCUAAGGAAGGUCUUCCCCUACUACUUUGACUUUAAAACCCACUGCAAAGGUCGGUGGAUUGGGAAGACCCUGGAGGAGGUGUUUAAAAACGAGUUUAGAAGUCAAUCUAUGGAGUAUUAUCUGAAGGUUGCCAAAGAGGGUCGUAUCAGGAUGAACGAGACACCUGUGGAGGACCUAAGCUUUGUUCUCAGGGAUAAAGACGUCAUGAGGAACACCGUGCACCGCCAUGAGCCACCUGUGGUUGACACGCCUCUAGAGAUCCUUGCAGAUGAUGGUGAAGUGCUGGUGGUGAACAAACCCGCCUCCAUCCCUGUUCACCCAUGUGGUCGUUUCCGCCACAACACGGUGAUCUUCAUCCUUGGUAAAGAGCGGGGCAUCUCUGAGCUCCAUACCGUCCACAGACUGGACAGGCUCACCUCUGGAGUCCUGCUGUUUGCCCGGACGCUUGAGACAUCCCAGAAGCUGGAUAAGUUGGUGAGAGACAGACAGCUUGAAAAGGAGUACGUAUGUCGAGUGGAAGGUGAAUUUCCUGAGGAUGAAGUCAUCUGCGAGGAGUCUAUUCUGGAUGUUUCCUUCAGAGUUGGCCUCUGCAGAGUUGACCCAAAGGGAAAGGAGUGCCGAACUGUUUUCCAGCGGCUCAGCUUCAAUGGUAGAACAAGCGUAGUCCGCUGCUUGCCCCUCACUGGCCGGACCCACCAGAUCAGGGUUCACCUCCAGUACUUGGGCUUCCCCAUCCUCAACGAUCCCAUCUACGGUUCCUCAGCCUGGGGUCCUCACAGGGGUAAGAGGGGACUUGUGGAGAAGUGCAAUGAGGAGUUGCUGCAGGCCUUGGUAGAGGAGCAUCGUUCACAGGAGAGCUCACACCUGCUUGAUAUCACAGAUGACUGCACAGAGGGAAAGAGGGAGGAGGGGAAAAAACACGGAGACUCACAUGAAAAGUCCGAUGGCUCCUCUGAACGUGACAAGAGUGGAGGAAGUUGUGAGGCACAAGUAGGUUCUUGUGAUGGUGACAAAAAGCUACAUGGCUGUGAAAGUGUAAAUGUGAACACUAACAACACCUGGAAUAAAGAACCAGAGAAUCCUUCACCAGCAACAUCAAAUGGAAAUCAAAGCGAUGCAGCCGACUCGGCUCAGAAAACUCCUUCAGGGACUCGAGACCACCUGUGUAGUGAGUGUAAACUGGUGCGACCGGACCCCACGAAGAAGGAGCUCAUCAUGUAUCUCCAUGCUUUACGCUACAAAGGACCUGAUUUUGAAUAUUCCACUUGUUUACCUGUGUGGGCCAAAGAGGACUGGGAGGAAGAGGACUAGUAGCUUUGAUUCAAUGAUUCAAGGAGUUGCUAUGGUCAUUCCAGCAUAUGUUAGACAUGGCAUAGAAUGAAAUUUGUUUCCCUGGUCCCAGAGCAAGCCCCUCCAAAAAAGAAAAAGUAUAUACAAAUACAAUAAAAAUUAAAAAAUAAAUGAAUACUAAAAAUAUAAUAAUCCUUCAUGAUGCAGGAGGC